UUUCUUUUCCCCUCCACUGGAGGUGGGUAAUUUGUUGGAACGUACUAUUUGAUGACUCUAGGAGGAGUUGACUGAAUUGCAACAAUUCCACCGGUUGUGAAAGAUGUCGGUUAUCGGUUGUGUUGUGAGCAAACGGAUCGAGACAGUGUAGGGGAACCGGUUGGAAAAGGAUCGACGCGUAAUAAUGGUCGCGUAUGAUUGCACACUCUCCCGAGAGGCUGAGAUAAAAAGGAAACGGGGAAAUAAUGAUACGGGCAGGGGAGGGGAGGAAGGCUGUUUCCAAGUCGGAUAAAGGCAGAAAGGUAGGCAAGAGAGAAAAAAAGUAUUGUUGUCUCUAGGAAGUGACGGUAAUGCUGGAUCGCGAUGCUUAAUUGCCUUAGUCGCCGUGUUAGGGUGACGGAGAAUGGCCUUGCAGGUGGCGGUAAGCACAACAGCACGAGGAACCGGCGGGAGGAUGAAAGGGACCGUCCUGUCUGCGCUCGGGCAAGCUUUGGGGAGAGGGGAAUAUAGAGGGUUUAGAAAACAGCCAGGUCAGGGCCAAAAUAGUCUGUUCGGCCAGGACGAACGAGAAUGGAAACUCGAUCAAAUAAAUUUCCACCAGCGCGAAUGCGUGAUAGCGCAAGAACCGAUGUCUCGAUCUAGGUUGGUGGCAACGCCAGGGCAGUCGCACAGUCACCCUAAAAUCAAGACGGCUAGAGGAGGGAGGGGAGGAGGGGGGGUGAGGGGUGGGAAAGUGGGAGGAAGAGGAGGGGGGAAAAUGGUUCGACUCGACUCGGAAAAGAGAAACCUGGGCAGAAGAGGCGGCCUAAAAGGCUUCGGACAGGACGAGCAAGAGGCUAUUCGGCAGGAGGAAAAAUCGCAGGAUAGAGAGCAACACCUCGUGGGAUCCGAGGGUACGGUGGAGCGCGUGGGCCCGUAAUCUUUUUUACACUCUUUAGUAAUGAAACGGAGUUGGAGGCAAAGAAUA